AUGGAAGAAAGCACUAAUGAACUAUUAAAGAAGUUGUUGAUUGACAAUCAGCAGCUCAGAACUGAUUUCACAAAUCUUGAAAGGCAAAUGGGGAACGGAAGGGAGCUUGAGGAAGUUCCAAAGAAAAGGAAAGAUAAACCCAUACCUGAGGGUGAGUUGAUCCCUAAAGUGACAAACGAGCCAGAGAAGACUGCUGAAAUUCCAAAGCAAGUAGAGGCCCCAAGGCCACCACCACCUUUCCCUCAAAGAUUACAAAAGAAGAAUGAUGAUCGCAUGUUCAGCAAAUUUCUCUCCAUGUUGAUCCAGUACAUAAAAGACAUAGUGGCUCAUAAGAGAAGAUUGACUGAAUUUGAGACAGUUGCACUUACUGAGGAGUGCACUUCUAAGGUCCAAAAUAAGCUCCCGCAAAAUCUUAAGGACCCUGGCAGCUUUACGAUUCCUGUGCGUAUUGGUAAUAUUGAUCUGGCUGAUAGGUCAAUAUCACACCCUGAGGGGGUGAUUGGAGAUGUGUUGCUGCAGAUCGGGAAAUUUAUCUUCCCGACUGAUUUCAUUAUCCUCGAUUAUGAGGCGGAUGAACUUGUCCCAAUCAUAUUGGGGAGACCUCUCUUGGCUACUGGUGAUGCAAUUAUCAAAGUGAGAGAGGGAAAGAUGAUCUUGAGGGUAGAUGAUGAGGAAGCAGUUUUCAAUGUCUACAAAGCAAUCCAACUUCCCUCUCACUAUGAGGAGCUCUCAAUGAUAUCCGUCGUUGAGGUUGAUGAGCAGAUUCGUGAUGCAAUUGUUUAUCUAGACGAUUCUCUAGAGAAAGCACUUAUGUUGUUUGAUAGCUUGGGGAUUGAAGAGGAGGUUGAGGAGAUGAUGCACAUCCUUGAUACAUCUUGUGCAUACAUGCAGGGGACACACCCCUUUGAACCCUUGAAUAGACCAGAGGGACCUCCUCCAAAGCCGUCAAUUGAGAAAGCCCCAAAAUUUGAGCUUAAACCUCUCCCAUCUCACCUGCAAUAUGCUUAUUUGGGUGAUUCUGACACCUUACCUAUUAUUGUUUCUUCUGACUUUUCUCAAUUGCAGGAAGAAAAGCUGUUGAGAGUGCUACGUAAGCACAAGCAUGCUCUGGGGUGGACAAUGUAUAACAUUAAGGGCAUUAGUCCAGCCUUUUGCAUACACAAAAUCCUCAUGGAGGAGGGGAAGAAUCCCAGUGUUAAGCAACAACGCCGACACAAUCCAAUGAAAGAGGUGGUAAGAAAAGAAGUGAUUAAGUGGCUUGAUGCAAGUAUUGUAUUUCCUAUCUCUGAAAGCAAAUGGGUGGACAAGGCAAAGGUGGAAGGAAUUGAAAAGUUGCCUCCACCAAUAUCUGCAUUCGAGGAGCUGAAGGAAAGGCUGGUGACUGCACCUAUCAUAAUUGCUCCGGAUUGGGAGCAACCAUUUGAAUUGAUGUGCGAUGCAAGCGACUUGGCCAUUGGAGCUGUUUUAGGGCAAAGGAGAAACAAGAUCUUUCACUCCAUUUACUAUGCGAGCAAAACCCUGAAUCUAGAUCAGAUGAACUACACUGUCACUGAAAAAGAGUUGUUGCAGUGGUAUGGGCGUUUGACAAAUUCCAAUCAUAUCUUGUGGGGACCAAAGUCAUCGUCUACACAGAUCAUUCAGCCAUCAGAUACUUAUAUCCGAGAUCGUAGAGGAACAGAGAAUCAAGUGGCUGGCCACUUAUUCAGAUUAGAAAAUCGGAAUCAUGUGGCUGAAGGGGGUGUAAUCACAGAAACAUUCCCUGAUGAGCAGUUAUUGGCAAUCACCUCAGGCACAACUCCAUGGUACGCAGAUUAUGUGAACUUUAUUGCAAGUGGGGUGACACCACCAGAAUUGACACCAGAUAAUAGAAGAAGGUUCUUGCAUGACGUGAGGCUCUACAUGUGGGAUGAACCUUUCUUAUAUAGGCUCUAUGCAGAUCAGUUGGUGCGGAGGUGUGUUCUUGAGGAAGAAAUAAGUUCCAUACUUCAUAGCUGUCAUGCCUCGCCAUACAGGGGUCAUCACGGUGGAGAUAGGACCACUCAGAAAGUGCUACAAUCAGGUUUCUAUUGGCCGAAAUUGUUUAAGGAUGCACACGCCUUUGUUAAAAUGUGUGACAGGUGCCAAAGAACCGGAACGAUCACGAAGAAGCACGAGAUGCCGCUGUAA